CGAUGCCCCGCCUCUGAUGGUAGCCUUAAACCUGGCACCCGGCUAAAACAAACCAAAGCCAGCACCGAGCUCCCCACUCGAUCCAAUUAAAGGCGCGACUUGAGGCGCUCUCCUACGUGUUCAUCUACCAGGAUCGACGUUGAGACAACAGGAACCAGAGGGGCUUUGGCCAAAAAAAAAAAAAAAAAAAAAAAAAAAAAAAGAAAGAGGAGAGAAGAGAAGGGGGAGAGAGAAGAGAAGGAGAGAUUGCCUUGCCUUCUAAUUUCUCCCUCUCCAAGCCACAGAACAAUGUCGAUGAGCCCUAAGCAUACGACUCCUUUUUCUGUUUCCGAUAUCUUGAGUCCCCUUGAGGAGAGCUAUAAGAAAGUAAGUAUGGAGAAUAACAACUUGGGGGCACCUCUCGCUUCUUACCGGCAGCCGCAGGUCUCUCAGGCGGCGAUGCAGCAGCACCACAUGGGCCACAACGGGACUGUGUCAGCGGCUUACCACAUGACUGCGGCGGGUGUCUCCCAGCUGUCACACACUGCCAUGGGGGGCUACUGCAACGGCAACCUGGGCAACAUGGGCGAGCUGCCGGCGUACCAGGACGGGAUGAGAGGCAGCGCCGCGGCCACCGGCUGGUACGGAGCCAACCCGGACCCGCGCUUCUCCACCAUCUCUCGCUUCAUGGGCUCCUCGUCGGGCAUGAACAUGGGCAGCAUGGGCAGCCUCAGCUCCCUGGCAGACGUGGGCAAAGGCAUGGGCUCCCUGUCCAGCGCCCCGAGGAGAAAACGGCGGGUGCUUUUCUCCCAGGCGCAGGUCUACGAGCUGGAGCGCCGCUUCAAGCAGCAGAAGUACCUGUCGGCGCCGGAGAGGGAGCACCUGGCGAGCAUGAUCCACCUCACGCCGACCCAGGUGAAGAUCUGGUUCCAAAACCACCGCUACAAGAUGAAGAGGCAGGCCAAAGACAAAGUGUCCCAGCAGCAGAUGCAGCAGGAGAGCGGCGGCUCCUGCCAGCAGCAGCAGCAGCAGCAGCAGCAGCAACAGCAGCAGCAAUCCCCACGGAGGGUGGCCGUGCCGGUGUUGGUAAAAGACGGCAAGCCGUGUCAAGGCAGCGGCCACACGCCCACGUCCGCGGCGCAAACGCACCACCAACAGGGAGGCAACGUCAUGAUCAUGUCCAACAACGCGUCCGGGCACGGGCAGCACCCGAGCCAGCAGGUGGGCAGCACGGGUCACUCCCCGGACCUGGCGCAGCACUCCUCCAGCCCGCCGUCCCUGCAGAGCCAGGUAGCCGGCCUCUCCCACCUGAACUCCCCCGGAGCGGAGUACGGCUCGGCCUUACAGUGCUCGGCCCUGCUGUACGGCAGGACGUGGUGACGAGACGCUGCGGCUGUGGUUCAAAUUCCCUCCGCGGCGAAAAGAGAGGCAGGUCGCAGCACACAUGCACGCAUUUCAACAACAACAACAACAAAAAAAAGACGAAGAAGAAGAGAAAACUCGAGGUGCAUCUUUUUAUUCUGCAAGGAAACUCGCGUGGAAGAAACUUUUCCCAUAAACUGUGGAUGUGAACGUCCUGGGAUUUAUUUAUGUAAAUUAUAUAAAGAGACAAAAGAAGAUCGUUGCGGUAGACUGAUAGUUGGGGGACACCUGACCCUGAGCAGGGACACACACACACACACACACACACACACACACACCCACACACACACACACACACACGACUGGACUGCAGUGAAACCCAAUGCGCCUCUGCUUUCUAAUAGAAUUUAAUGUGAGCCGUAGGUCUAGCCUGUACAUUUCUGUAAAAGGUUUGAAUUGUAGCUCUUUGUUGUACAAACUUUUUUGACGCUCUUGCUGGUUUGUUGUGGUUUCCCCGGUAUUUGUACGUUUUAUUUCUUUGUAACUUAUAUAGAUAUUUGACACACUACAAAAACAGUCCUAUUAAUAAAUUAUGGAAACGAGA